UAAAUAAAUAUAUAACAGACUUGCGCAAUCCACCAAUGAUAUCACAAACCACUGGUAUAAAAGAGUGCCAGAUCACGCCAUUCUUCAGAGAUCAUUCAACAAUGAAGUACUUAGCAAUUCUCGUCGUCUGCCUUGCAUUCUCAAGCUGCAACGCGCAGAAAAACAAGCGUUGUCGUGCCGACAAAUGCGAUGAUGUGGAAGUGCAAAGGCAACAUUUGAUCAAGUUUCCUUUCGGUUGUCUCAACGCCGAGUACCUAAGCGAAUGGAGGAAGUGCAUACUCAAUGACGAUCAAACGGUCGAUUGCCCCCAGGACAAGUUCAACAAGUGCACUAGGGAACUCGAAAUCCGUCACGAUAAGGGAUGCGACCAAUGCGACGGUGCGGUUUUGAAGGGGCAAAUUGAGGAACUUCAGAAAAUCAACUUCAAGUGUUUCUGCACCAGAUUCUUGGGCUACUUCAGCGACCGUUUGGGCUCGGACGAAUGGGAAAGCGAGAAGUGUCCCGGCCACAAAUUGAACAAGUACUUCGAAGAAGCCUACGAUAACCUUCCAGACGUAUAAGGUAGAUAAACGGCACUGAUCGCCGUAUUUAUAUAUUCAAGAUAUGUUUCAGUGAAAAGUGUUUGCAUUUGUACAGCCAAAACGUUUACUUAUGAAUCAAUAAAGGAAUGCAAAUCAUA